UUUUCAAUGCAAGAUUUUCCUUGCAUAAAUUAUGUUCAUGACGUAGUGCAAAAGGACAAUUUUGAGGCAAUUUGGCCCGAUUGUACAGCUGAAAUAGGACUCUGUGAGACACCUUAAGGAUUAUUGGACGGUCUAAAACUGUUGCAGAAGGGGCCUCGUCAUUAAAUAUUAAGAAGGGCAGAUUCUAACACCGCAGCCCUCCUUAUCAAUGCAAAUCCCUCUCUUUUGUGUGCAGUCACAGCGCCUGUCUGGGAGCUGAGAUGAAUUUCUAAUUAUGUGUGACUGAAACAAGCUGUGACGAGGAGCCUCUUUUCCACACAGGGGGGUUUUUUAACGGGAAAACGGGCUGCUUUUCCGCGCAUGCCAGGAGGCCCGUGAAGACGUGGGGGUGCAGCCAGCCAUGAGCUCCCAGGAUCUCCCCGACAAAGAUGCCCCGCUCGCUGUCAAUGAGCAGGUCAUUGUCGUUUCCGGUCAUGAGACGAUCCGGGUACUAGAAGUGGAGGUUGAUGCGUUUCUGCCGUCGUCGGGGCCGGAGGUGAAGAGCGAGUGUAAAGUGGAGGAGCAGGUGGCUCUGGCUGCUGAGCAACCUGCAGCCAGCCGUACCCAGGAAACCCCCAUGGCACCCCAGACCGCCGCGGAAGCAGUGAUGAGUGAGCAGCAGGCGGUCUCUGCAGAAGCUCCAGCUCCUGCUGUCCAAACAGCUCCUCCUGCUGUUCCCAUCAGCGUGUCCCUGCAUCAGCCCCAGGCUGCCAUGCCCAUCACCGUACAAGGCUGUCCACAGGUGCUGACGCAGGAGAGUCUGGCCACUCUGAUGACUGGCAUGAUGGCCCAGACGGGGUCACUGGGCCAGCCCCUGCUCAUCCCCCUCAACAUGGCGGGCUCCAUCGGGGGCCAGGGUGGCCUAGCUGUCCUCACUCUCCCAACCACCAAUGUGGCUACGCUCCCCGGGCUCGCUGCGGCUAACCCGGCCGGAAACCUCCUCAAACUCCCCUUUGCCGGCCUUCAAGCUGCGACGGUGCUGAACUCGGUCCAGUCCCAGCUGCAGACCAACGCACAGACAGUGUUCCAGUCCCAGGCGCCCCCCAUCCAGACAGCCGUGCAGCAGGUGACCCCUCAGGCCACGCAGGUCACCAGUGCCCAGGUUACUGGUGCUCAGGUGGCCGUGGCCCAGGCGGGCUCCGUAACCACGACGGUCUCUCAGCCCAGCAUUUCUGUGGCCGCACUUCAGACAGCAGGACUGUCCUUCAACCCCAUUAUUAGUGCUGCUUCUUUUGGAGCACAGCCCCAGUUCCUCAGUUCCCUUACUUCCACCCCGAUCAUCAGCAGUGCCCUUUCCAGCAUGGCCGGCAUCACCAGCCAGAUCAUCACCAAUGCCCAAGGACAGGUCAUAGGGACCCUUCCGCUGCUGGUGAACCCAGCCUCCCUGGCUGGAGGGGCUGCCCCCUCCAGCCUCCCCCUGCAGGGUCUGCAGGGGAUCCAGGGUCUGCAGGGUCUGCAAGGUCUGCAAGGUCUGCAGGGUCUCCAGGGUCUCCAGGGACUCCAAGGUCUCCAGGGUCUCCAGGGUCUGCAGGGUCUCCAGGUCCAGACCGUUACCCCACAGCUGCUCCUCAACGCCCAGGGCCAGAUCAUAGCGGCCGUGGGGAACGGAACCACGGCAGUGGCCACCUCUGCUGCAGCUCUCCCUAAAACUGCUGCUCCAACACUCAACAAACCCAGCCUGCAGGCCUCGGUAACUAGCGUCACCCAGUCCCCGGUUGUGAUUGCACCGCAGCCGUGUCUACUGAAGACGUCCACAACAAACUCAUCCACGGCCCCCAUCACCUGUGGAGACUUGGCUAAAGUGGGCCAGCUCGUCAGUAAGCCCCAGCAGACGGUCAAAAGCGAGGAAGGCAUUAAUCUGGAGGAAAUCCGAGAGUUUGCCAAGAAUUUCAAGAUCCGGCGGUUGUCGUUGGGACUCACUCAGACACAAGUAGGGCAGGCCCUUACUGCCACGGAGGGCCCGGCCUACAGCCAGUCGGCCAUCUGCAGGUUUGAAAAGCUGGAUAUCACCCCUAAAAGUGCUCAGAAGCUGAAGCCCGUUCUGGAGAAGUGGCUGGCCAAGGCCGAGCACUGGAACCAGAAAGGCCAGCAGAAUCUGAUGGAGUUUGUAGGCGGCGAACCUUCCAAAAAACGCAAGCGGCGUACGAGUUUCACGCCGCAGGCGAUAGAAGUCCUGAACUGCUACUUUGAGAAGAACGCUUUGCCCACGGGCCAGGAGAUCACAGAGAUCGCCAGGGAACUGAACUAUGACAGAGAGGUUGUGCGGGUGUGGUUCUGCAACCGGCGACAGACACUGAAAAACACAAGCAAGAUCAACGUCUUUCAGAUUUAGUAGCGACCUCAUUUUGGGAGAGAUCUCUACUCAUCUUUUGUCCUUUUGAAGAUUUGAACAUGUAACAUAGCACCGCAGAUGCAGCUUGUGUUCUGAAUUAAACCUUACUAAGAAUAGAGGUGGGGUGUACAUUUUUAAGAAAAUACAGGAAAUUCCCCAUGAGUUUUGAAAGAGUACUAAAGAUGACUUAUAAUUGUGUUCUAAAGCUGUAUAUGUGAAGUUUAAUUCUGUUUUGUGCAUACUAAAUCAAACUCCAUGGUCCUUACAUCUCAUGUGGUAACGAUGGCAUGUUAUGGACUUUUAUACAAGUGGUUUUAUAAGCUAACCUCUUUGACCUAUUUUAAGUGUGUAUUUACUUGGAAGGAUUUUAGUUAAAUGUAGCUGAUUCUGUGUCAGAUGGCUCACAUUAAGCUGAUAUUUGACAAAUAUGCUUUGACCACAUUGAAUAAUGUGACAUUAAUAUCUGCUCUUUUAUUUAGCAUCAUUUACUGACAGACAAGACUCGAGAGUCUUAGUAGGCAAUACGUUUCAUCAGAUGUACUUAGCGAUGCAACUCAAACAAUUACCGUAUUUUCUGGACUAUAAGCCGCUACUUUUUUCAAAGGUUUUCAACCAUGCAGCUUAUACAAAGGUGCAGCUAUUCUGUGGAUUUUUCUUCCACCGCUCGGGGCGCCUUAACCGGAAUUAUAAUCAAAACUAAGACUAAAUAAAUAUAAAGAAGAAUACACUACUUCUUCUUUAGCAGAUAGAAGUAGGUAGAAGUAGAUUUCAAACAGAUAAACAGAUAAAUAAAUACUGGUUAUUUUCUCUUGGUUCUGUCCCGUUUUAAUCAUCAAAGUUGCUGCCGUGUUAAAAGACACCGUUAGGAAAGGAUCUAUUUAGGUACAAACAUGUACAUCAUUUACAGUUUAAAAUCGUUGUGUACAUGUAGUAAAUAUCUAAUCUAAAAACAUUAAUAUCUGCGGCUUGCAUAUCUUUUAUUUUAAAUAGAGCAGGUGCGGCUUAUAUGCAGGUGCAGCUUAUAGUCCAGAAAAUACGGUAGUUGGCCGACUGCAGACUCCUGACUCUGCCCCAGUGUUGGGACAAUCAUCUUUUUUUUUUUCUAUAAUGGAUAAUCACAAAGAUGAACCGUAAAUCGUUCACUCCUCCAGCACUCUACUGAGCGAACUGAAUGUCUAUAGAGUCUUUUGACGCUCAAUUGACAAGAGGUAUUUGCCAAAAUAAAACUGUAGCUCUUGCAGUUAUGUGUAGUGCCAUACUUGUAAACUCAUUUUGGAUUUUUUGAAGCUUGAUUUGUAGGCGACUUGUGCAAAUAUUAAUAAUGUCCAUAAUGUGUGAUUUUACCAGUCUGUCUUUUUACAUGUUUUGUUUUUCACGCGUGUGCUUGUCAUAGUUUAUUUUUCUCUCUGCUCCCUGCUCUGACUGCUCUCUUAAGGCUGACAGUGUUUCUGCUGAAUGUUUCCACCUGAAGUGAGAUAAAGGAUAUUUUUAAAUAGCUCGGUAUGCGUAUCACAAAGUCUACUUAUGAGAGCCUCAUGUUACCUGGAACAUUAGAGCCAGGUUAUUGAAAUGUUAUUAUCAAACUUAAAACAAAUCAAAUUGAUGAAGUGAAUUAGAAAUCUAAUCAAUAGUUCAGCAAAGGAAGGGUUGGUGGAUAAUGAUGUUAUGGGUCUCAUUACGGGUUGGUGCACUGUUUGCAUAUGCAACAUGAAGUCAUUUUUUGAAGGAGUAAGUUUUUCUGAUGUUAUUGCCAAUACUUCAAUAUUUAUUUGCACUUUAGAUGUUAAAGAGAAAGUGAAAGGGUAAUGAAAGGUUUAUUUACAGAAAAGGUCUCCAUUAUGUUUAAAGGUGGAGAUUUACAUUUUUGUUGCAGAAAGAAAAUCAAAUGUUUAAUUUUAUUGCUCUUAAUUGUUAAGAAGGUUUAUGAAAUGUAGCAGUACUGACAAGAUUGCAAGUCUAUGGUGAAGAUCUGUCUGCUUUGUAUGCAGAUUAAAUGUAAUUACUACAGAACAUAGAAGUUAAUAUGCGUUCAUUACAAAAUGUCUGCAUUUGUGAGAUCAUAAUUUAAACGAUGCAUUUUAUGGUCCACCUAAUUUUUUCUUUUUGAAAGACUGUUGGUCUAUUAUGUAGUAUACCUAUCAUAACAUAUGCUUUAACAUGUGUUUACCUUCACAUUGAUAUUGAUUUAUUGUUUUAUUAACUAAGUUAUCCCAGUUAUUAAGAUGAUUUAAGUAAGAAAAUAAAAGCUACUUUUAUAUUUCACACUUCAAAAAGCAUAAAAGUUAAGGUCUUGGUAAGCAAUACAAAACUAAAUUUGGAUGCUUUUUGUCCUUUUUCUCUCAUAUAAAUAAACCCUGUCUUUAUUAAUAAUCCCACAUUGUCUUGUGUUGAAACAUUUUACAUUUUCAGUCAAACCAUUUGAAAGUGACCUGGACACCAACGGUUUUAGAUGCAACAGCCAUCUUUGUACCAUUUUACUGUCAUAAUAUCCUACUUCGUACCUGUGCAAAGAAAAUGUCAAAUAUUCAUAAAAAUGUAUUUUUCACAGCUUUUUGUCUUUUAGUAAUAUCUGAACAUUUUUUGAUGAGGUAACAUCUUAUCU